CGUGUUACCCUUAAGUAAACAAAGGCUGAAAAUUUUCUAGAAAGAACGGCUCGUUUAAAAAGCUGUGACCCACGAAUAUUUCUUACAUCGCAUUUUAUUCCAGUUCCGUGUGGGCGAACCCAUCUGUCUCGAAGAGAUUCAGUCAUGCAGCUGUAGUAUAUUUCACAUGCAUUGGUAUUCUAACACGUGUCACAAUUAAGACGUAUGUCCAUAGCAUGUCAUUCAACCUACUUUGGAAGAGACCUAUACCUCGGGUCUAGUUUGUGUUCCUCAACAUAUCAGUUCACGAGUAAUUUUUUGGUUUUACCUUGGAGUGACUCCACGUCGACAAAACAAUAUAGGGCAAUCGCUGCAAUUGGAUUAUUUGAUUCUGACAUUCGGCCCCAGACCGAAUCAGACAAACUGAACACUGAUCACGAAUGGGAGCGCAAAAACCCAUGGAGAACAACGAGAAAGAUUCAACAGAGAGUGGAAAGAUCAACAGCUCAGACGAUCGAUUUAUCAGGGUUAGUAUUAACUAAGUUUUCUUUGCAACAUUAUUAUAGCUCAAUAAACUAAUGUGUUAUUCAUAUUUUGCGAGAUUUGAAACUACAAUUGGACGAAUGGGGCUUAUUUAUAUUAAGUCCAUGCAAAUGUAACUGCAAACUUUAAGGUAACUAUUUUAAUCCUGUCAUAUUAUUUUGAAUGCUAGUUUGCAGUUACGACAUUGUUAAUACUAAUUAAGUAAUAAUAUGCGAUCCAAUUCGUCUGUGCAAAAUCGCAGACAGCCUAAACUUCCCGUUGAAGUCGGUUUACCCAAUCUGCGUGGUGUUCUCGCUUGUUAAAAUAUUGCUAAGCAUUUCAAUCUUGUCGUUCCAUGUUUGCUAAAAUAAUCAGGACCUUUAAAAUUCUUCGACUUAUUGAUGUACCAAAAACCAUUCACAUACCCAACUGAGAGCCGAAAUUAAGGCUAAGCAAUUUUGCCAACAGACAAUAAAAGCACUUAGCUAGCUACAAUUACUUUCACCACAGUCAGUAUUUCCCGACAGUGCUAAAAAAAAGCAAAACAUUUUUCAAUUAAGCAAAUAUAUUUAUCAAAUAAGAACAAACAACAAUCGUCUAUUGUUACUGGACUAGACCGUGCCGGACAUCGAGACAACUUUCACGCUUUUUUCAGUUGUUUUGGUGCUUGAAUCAUUAUCGAAGGGCUUAUAUUCGGUAACAUGCUGAAAAGUAGUUACAGAAGUUCAUUCUCCAUUGUCCAAGGAUACUGGAAAAGCGCCGGCUGAGAUUUAAGCCUGUUAGAUGUACGACCUACUCAGUUAAUCUCACUAAGAUUAAGAAUUUUGAACUUAGUGAUAUGUACAAGAUCGAUUUAAAUCUCACUGCUUCCCCGACAUGGAUGUUCCCGCAUAGGUCAGUAAGUAUACAAAAAAGGAAAACUGAAACUUCAAACACCACUCAGCUAUUUUGAGAUCUCUGUCAUUAAAACGAAUCAGUUGUUUGAACACUUUAUUUUUUUUGUACUUUGUUUCGGGUGCGAAGUUUAUAUCAUCUUGGGUCAGUUUUGAAUUUGUGCGGAUUGCGAUUGCAAGAAGAUGAUCAAUCAUAUGAUGAGAACACCGCGACAAUUAUGUGAAUUAGGCAACCAAAAAUCAGUAGGAUUGCGUAAAAAAAUCUUUGUAAUCGCAGAUCAGCUCAGUACCAACAAAUAACAUGUUGUUCUGUGUAUUGUUCCACUAACUUUAAACUGAAACGAUAUAAGAAGAACGGACCGAUUUUCCGUUUGGUUCCUGUUUCCCCUCUGUUUUGUUUCUACAACCUAUCUGACCUCCGUCGAGGCGGCAUAAUAAACACUGAGUUUGAAACUCCUCUGACUACCAUUUUGCAGUGUCAGCGAUAAGACCUCAAGACUUCAAGACGAUAAGAUAAUUUUCGAUUCAUGAGAUUUUGCCGUCGGCCUGAUACAUUUAGAAAAAAGUUUACUCAUUGUCGCCACCUCUGAUCUCAUGUUGACGAGAUCUAUAAUCACUGUAUUGCAACUGACAAAUGUUAAGUACGGAACUGGGUGAAACGAAGGUGUAUGUUAACUGACUCAACUUUACUUUAUACCAGUGUGUUUUUACAAACUAUACAACCAUCUGCAUUAAGUACUGUUACCAGGGAAGUAUAUAAAUGGGACUGAUUUGUUUUUUCUCUGACUAGCUGGUUUAUUUUAUGAUUCACUAGAUAUUUUUAUCGCCCGGAAUGCUCCGUGAUGACUGUAUCGACGAUCAUGGGGAGUCAAAUGCACCCGUAUUUUCUUAGAUUAGGUUGCAUUUAAUCGUCUGCAAUGAUCAUAAACUACAGUUUCUUUAAUGAGUUGCAUUUUUUGUUUUUCUGCUCGCUAUAUCAGUCAUUCAAAACGUUACUACAGUAGUCCGUUUGCUUUGACAAAAUUGAAGAACCCAGGAUGAUCUAAAGAACCCCUCAUUAGCUUUAAUUAAUUUGAAAGCUUUCAGUUCAGAGUCAAAACUUGGAACUGCUUAGUAAAGGGCAUGACCGUGAGAGCUCUAUGGACACGAGGGUUGGGCCGCCCAAUAUGGUUUCCAUGAAAAACGACUCAUCAAGUUUAUCAUUUACUCUGGAUCCGCCAUUUGCACAUAAGUUUGAGCGUGUGGGCUCCAUUUUAUAACAGCAUAAGAGGAACGGUGCUCUCCUUUAUCGAGGUUUUUUACAACCUAGGUUCAGUCAUUUGCAAUGAAUCCACAGACUCCAGCACAAGUUAUGUACAAACGUUUUGGUAAUCACAACACUACACGCGCUUUCCAAUUUAAAGCGCUGCUGUGAUUUCAUCUCUUAAAAGAAAAAUCGGUGCGUGUAAUUCUACAUGCGAAGAAAAAGUUUUCUACACUGAACACUCGGAAGCACUAGAUGUAGCAAUACACUGCGAAAAAGCCUAUACUGUGUGAUUACUUUUAGCUGUUAGAUUAUCGACAAGAGGGUCGAGUCGGCCUUUUGGUUUGAGGGUAGCUUUCUCGCGUGCUUCUAGCUCACUUUAUAUUAUGGCUAGCGGCGCCUUCCACAAAGAUAAACCAAGUCACAACAAAAACAUCUCUGUCCCACAUCAAGAGACAGUCGUGUAUCAUCGUCGUCUCGCGAUAGAAAAUACCAUUGACUUUGAUUUAUAAACCUUCUUGAGAACAAUCCAUUUCAAACAAUUCUGGAGAACAGAUGAACUUUUUAAAUUGUAUUGAAUUGCUGAUGUUCUAGACCACCUCUUCAUGAUUUCAAUUUUUUUUACAUAUGUCUUUCACAUUCCGGCAAUGAAAUUAAAGAAGACCGAUGAGAACUCAAACUUAAAUCCUAACGUUAAAUCCCAUUUUAUCACCAGCUGCUGCAAUGCUGUACCGACGUAAACAGCUGUGCUUUCAUUUGACUUGGACGUUUUUCCUAGUUACUGAACGAUGAACAAUCAAAACAAGAAGAAAAUGUGAGCUACCUAGAAUUAAAAUUUUAAUGGAUCGAGAAAAGAUUGCAGCAGAGCAGCUGCGACUGCGCCUGACAGCAGAAUCUUUAGGAUCACUGUCAGUACCUCUUACUUAAUGUUCAUGUAUAGGUACGCUUUCCUUGCUCUGCAGGCAGAAAAAGCUGGAAAAAAUCUUUUAUCUACGAGGUAAAUAACACCACAGGGAAGCGCAAUUAAAUAUCAUUUAACUUAACCGUGCCAAAACCGUUUUCCGUUACCAUACAAUAAACUGCAUGACUGAACUGUAUCAUUUACAGAUGGAAAGCUUUGCUAUUUCUGGUCAUUUCUCGUGGAGGAAACCGUUACAAGUAAAUAUUGUUCGCACGCGAUAUUCAGUUCUCAGAAAAGAUAUACUGGUGCUCUGUUUUCAAGAAGCAGGCAAAGCAAUGUAAAAGGUAAACGAAGGCUUUGGAACAAGCCUAAGGAUUAUUCCCAUUCGACAAACAAAACUGAUUUCUUUCGUCAAAGAACAGCCCCAGUUAAUCUCCGAUAAUGCCGACUUAUGCAUAAGACUGUACAGACCCUAGAAUCGCAGCUGCAGUUUUUUAGCGUUGGCUAGUGCUCUCGUUCUGCCGGGACUUAGAAAUAUUCGUAGAAAGGAUAAAGUCAGUUAAUUGUCAGUAUUAAUGCGAGGUUACUGUCUUGUGAAAUUAAAAUGAAUUAUUUUAAGAAGCGUAUCUGACGGAAAGUAAAUGCAAAUUGUUAUAGUUGUUUCACGGUUAUUGAAACUUCAUUUCAUCGGGCGGCAUUUUAGCACGGGGUACAUCGUUUACAUAGUUAAAUUUAUCUUUAAUUGUUCAAAAGUUUGCAGGGGUAAAAAUUAUCUUAAAUUUGACCUCCAUGGGUUUUUAUCAAAACUGUGGAUACUGAAAUAGAGAAAAAGACCAAUAUCAGUUCCUGUAGACUGAAGGAAAUCUAAUUUUGGAACCAACACAUUGUUUUGCUAAUUGGUUUUGAGACAUUAUCGGGAAAAGGCAUUAUUAAUUACAAAGUAUUUUUCCCUCCUGUCUUUCUCGGUGUCAUUUCCAAUUUUUUUCAAAAUCUUACUGGCUAGUCUUCUGGUGGUAUUUUGGCGUGUGAAAGACGUUGAUCGAAAUGAUCAAGAUACUUUAGUGUUACUGACGAAAGCUCUUUCAACGUUUCUACAUGUGAAAAUCUUUAAACCACAUGUAUGCAUUUUUUUUUUACCCGAAUUGAGUCUUAUUCGGAUAGAAAAUAUGGAAAAACAACACAGAGGUGUUUGCUAAAACACUGGAUUUUGAUGACAUGUUGGUAAGGUAGUGAGAGAGAGUCAAUCCCAUAUUGAUCGUCUGAAUAUAAAAAUCAGCACUAAACUGUCUACUAAAAAUAGAGUAGAAAAAAUAGCCACUGAUACGAUUUCUCUAUCAAGGAACAGCGUUGGGUUUUGUGAUGCUCUGUUGUCCUGAUUUGUUCUGUUCUUUAAAACAGUUCAUUCCAUGCAGUGUAGGAAACUUGUCGAGAUUUGGAAUCUCUUGACACUUGGUUAUUGAGUUAAACUCGUGGAUGUCCAGCGGGAAUUCAAAGGGAUUUUCGGGAGCCUUGUUCCGGAUCUUGUUCUCCUAAUUCUCUUUCGUCAUGAGCGCAUUAACUGGAAAACCGUACUUUUGUUGUACCUACGCAUGAUCUUUUAAUAAACAUGAUGCAUUUCCUGCAAUGACUCAUUUUAAAACAGCGCCUUAAGGAAUAAAAAUCAAUGAAAUACAAAACCGCGUGAAACUAAACCCGUCAUAGUCUCUGCACACUGUGCGGGCCUAUGCAUGACAUACCUUUUUCAGACACUGGCAAAAGUUACAAAACGCAACAGUUCAAAUUCGCGUGCAACCACAAAGAAGCGGAUACUUAACUGUUUCUUUGAAAACUACCGAAGCUUUUAGCGAGGUCGCGAUGGCACAUCAAGCGCCCUAGGUAUUGUUCUGAGAUGCAAUAACUCGGCAGACAACAGGUGCCAAUUACAGCCAUUGCUUAAAAGACCCGACAAAGACGUUCAGACACAACUGAUCUUAACGUUAUCUAAUGCACGCGCGAGGCUGUUACAGGUCACACAUAAAAACAUACAUUAUGGUACGGAACCGACAGCUUAAAUUUUCUCUUAACGAGGGGAGUGAAUAGGGGUAUGCAAAUCCGCCGAUCCGUUAUGAUUUAUUAACCAAAUCCGCCGUUAAAUUUUUGCCCUGAAUCCGAAAUUGGGGCAAAAAUAUUUGCAUUACACGCAAAGUCCAAAAUCCGGGCCCAAAAAUAGAUGAAUCCGCAUUCCGCUGCAGUUGCAGGAUCCGGAAAUCCGUUAAAAUCUCGCUUUGAAUCCGAAAUCCGUUCAAAAAUAUUUUCAAAAUCCGCCGAUCCGUUUGCCUAUUUACCCUCCUCCUUGAUCAAAUCGUGAACACCAUACCUCGGGGGACAGGGUUGCUCCCUAUACUGCCCUAUACGGGGAGGCUACGUUUGAAAGACGUACCUCUUUGAGGCUUCAAGCUGAUAUAAAAGAUGAGAGAUUUCAUAAGUUGAAGGAUACGAAAGGGUAGGUAAACUGUCAUUUCGAUCCGUAAAAUGACCAAAAAUGGCUAACAGACGCAUUUUAUGAAUUUGAAAGAGACAAGAAAACUUUCUGGUUUUGUGAUUUUUUUUUCUCAUUAAAAAGACGGAGCAUUUAAGGCAAUUAAAAGACUAUUAUCUUCUGAAUGGAUGCAAUGUUCCAAAGUAGGUAUGUGAAAGGCGUACCAUUUGUCGAUAUACUAAAGGGGUACAAGAGAGAAUAAGCUCAUCCUUUCUUGAGGGGUACUAUAGUUUUUCUGUCAAAGGCUAAGGGGGUGGACCUCGAGGCAGAGCAUCCCCGUAUAAAACUUGUUGAGUAACCCCCUGGACCUCAUCCCUUUCUCUCCUAGACUGAGGUAUGGCGUGAGUAUUUGUCACUCUAACAUUUUUAACUUUUUAGCUGAAGUUGGCAUGGUACUCCUUAUUUCUUAGGGUUUUACGAUAAACGUUUGGAAUACUAAUUUUUUAAUUUGGCUUCUGUUUGACUUGAAAUUGUGCACUUUCAAACCCCUGGUUUUAAGUGAUGACAUUUCAUUAGCAGGGUUCAAAGAAAUGAGACGCUUACAUAGGAAAUCGUACAGCGAUUGUCUAACCCAAAACAUGAAAACAAAGACUAAUACAGCUAAAGAUCUCUUAUAUAAUAAAAAAAAUUAACUGGAUGCACGUGUAAGCUACCGUUAUCGAUUUCAAUUAUCAUCUUUUAAGUACGUCGAAGCGAUUUGUUACUAGCACAACAAUGAUAAAGAGCGGGAGUGGUUAGAACGGUAUAUGAAUGAGUAUUACGAAGGUAAAGUUUCUUUUUUUGUAUAUAUAAGAGAAAUACCUAUGGAGCAAACGUCAUUCCAGUAAGCUAUUUUCAAAGCUUCAGUUUAUUGUUUCAAAUGAUCGACAGUCGUAAGUGUUCACUGGCUAGAACCCCUGACAGUAGUGUUCGUUCAACAAAAUACGAAUUAUACGGCAGCCGUUGAAAAGUAUAUCUUUACUUCUCUGCAUAGCAACGUUUUCAUGUGUAGAAGGUCAGUACGUUAAUCAAAGAAAAGUUAUUACAGACUACAUUUCUAAAAUAUGAUUUGGGGAUUUCAAAACUACAAUCACGGACAGCCAACUUGGAUGACACUGCUCUGGUUCUGCCGCUCUCCCUUCCAAUUGUUUUGUAAUGGUUUUUCGGUGGAAUAGUCCAAUUUCGAGGCCAACAUUGAAAAGGAGAGGGAAAAGGACUUCGAGCACAAAAUCUCAACUGUAUUACUUCAAUUUACCCUAGUUCUAAUGGCACGAAAUGUCGGUUCAAACGAAUAAAAACCGAAAGUCUUCAUCGUCAUCAUGCAGAAAAGUACCUGACGACAGUUUUUUUUCCAGCGAGUAAAUAAGCAAGGUAUGGUACAGGGGCUAAAGGAAGUCGAAACGCAAAAAAAAAGACCUUUCAACAAAAUGUGAUACUGGUUCACUAUAAACAAAAAAAAUCAUCAUCUGUUUUUAGCAACACUUUGAACUUCUAAACUGCGAUCAAAACUUUUUCACGAAAGCAAAUAUCACUGAAAAUCAAGUUCAAAUUUUCUUUUGUCAACGGCUAUUUUAGCACCUGGAAACUGCCGCAACUAUUCAAGGAUAUUCUCGACAAUCCCUUUCCAUAGAAGGAAGUUAUAGAUGGCUUUGACAAAAAUGGUUCUGUCUCGAAUUAGUCCGUGACUUCGAGUGACUCGUGAUCCUUUCAAGUUUUUUACUUGGCCCGGAUUCGUGGCCCUGUUGCAAAUAAAACGUAGCCGCAAACCAACAGCUUAGGUUUAAGUCAAACACUUGGCUUACGUCUGACAUAACUUACUGGCUCCUAGAAUUUCUGUUCCGUAACAAUUUUGCUAGAUUACUUUAAAGUAAACGAAACUUAAUGUAGACUGAAAUAUGAUUACCAGCACUUGUUUGAACUGAACCGGAAUAUCUCAAUUACACUGCCCUUUUAACAACUAGAGGCUUGAAAAUAAAAUCGGACCAUAUCAAAGGAAUUUUCGGAGCUGUGUAAGUAUGUGCUGCCCUCAAGGGUCGAGUGCAAGGGAUAAAUAAAGCUAAUGAAACUCAUAAAAACAGUGAUGAUAUGUCACCUGCGCCGAGCACUGCGCUAGUGAUUGAUACGGAAGAUGUAGUGCCUGGUUUUGGCGCCCAAAACGGUUGUCUGGUAAGUUAUGCUUUUUAGUAUAUAUCAUUAGCGUGAAUGUGGUCAGGGUGUUCUUAGUAUACCGUAGACAUAGGUCAACAAACUUAAAGGUAUUCAACAUCUAUUUUUGAAUCAACGAGGCGUAGGCUUUGACAAGUAUUGUUUGCACUUGAAAAGCAAUUAUAACCACAGUGAGUGUUUUGAACCAACCGCAAAAACUGUUUGCACACUAAGGCGAAUGCAUGCCAAUUUUUUUUAUGUUCAUCUUACAUAUUCUACAGCAACUGAAUAAGAAAUUAAUUUAAGACCUCAUCAGAAACUAGCGUUUCUUACUUAUUAUGAACGUAAAUGCAGUUGUAGACCUUGGAGACUGUGAAGGGGAUUUUGUUUUCGUGAUUUUUUUCCGAAACGUUUCCGUGACUUGCCCACUCGUAUUUGCAUGCUCUAAUCUGUCCCCUAGAAGAUUGAACCAGGCCGAUACAGUAUUUGUGUACCUUUCCUUUAUUUUUCUUUGUUUAUGGCAGCAAUAAUAUCUGCUUUUUAAUUCUAAACCCUCUCUCGCUACACCAGGAAACAAACAAUACACCUUGCUCAUUUAUUCGUGUUGAAAUGUCUUAUUAAAAGUUCAACGAGUUCUGUUCAGUCUAAACCUUUUAUUUUGCUAGGCUGCUCUCAAUCUUUUUAUGCAUGCGUUUACAACCUCCAUUAUAGAAAGUUAUCGCAAGUAGACUUGUUUAUGCAGUGGACGGAAAUUCAUGCAGUGAUCGCUAAUAAAUGGAUUCUCUAGAAACGUUGACUGAGUUAAAUGAGGAAGUUGAAUAGUCGAGAAAGCAUCUAAACAAUUUUUUUGAAGCUCCUUCGCGUGAGCGUCUGCUAACGUUUUUUUAUAUUUACACUAUUCGUAACCCAGAAAUACGACUCUACUAUAAUUCUGCCCACGCAAACACCUUUCAUGUGCACCCGUCACAAGAUAGUUGCAAAAUAAACUCGGAAAGGAGUACAACUAUGUAUAUAACAUUUCUCGCGUCGUGCCAGAUUUUUGGGAAAAUGUCUGCACACUAUACGGGCCUAUGUUAACGACAAGUUUGAAAAUUGGUGGAAAGAACGACGCUAAGUUAAAUUGUAAACUUUGUCAGUUCAACCUCACGUGCCGUUAUAGAAUAGUGAUGCAUUAUAAUUCAUUGCAACUCAUCAAAUACACCCGAAGUUGUCAACAAGGUCAUAAAAGGCAUCUAUUAUGGUCUAUUAUGUGUCACUCCCCGCCUCACUACCCGAAGGCGCGUUUCUCACGUUCCAAGUUGCUGGAUACGUCACAGUGUUGUUUUCAACUAGACUGGCCCGUAAAAGUAAGUUACACCGAUCCGAAGCAGCUAAUAUGCUAUUUUAACAUAAGUAGGGUUAUCUUGUCUUGCUUUUAAAGAGAACCAGCACCGACCUUAAACUUUACAAUGAGGCAUUCAACAUCACUAUAUAUGCCUGGAAGCGUGUUUAUGUCAGCGCCAUAUUCAUUGAACUUGUACAGGCCAAGCAGGCCAAGUUUGAAUCGUUAAUAGUUCCAAAUUCUGUUCUCAGUUGUAACAUUUACAGAAGGUCCAAAGUUUAAAGUAGAUCACAUGACUCAAAAUUUGAAACAACAGCACAGACUGACUGAAAUAUUUAAACAUGUAAAAAAGAUUUGCACAAUUGUUAGUUUCAAAUUCUGUUCUCAAUUGUAAGAUUCACAGACUAGGUCCAAAGUUUAAGGUAGAUAAUGUGACUCAUAAUUUAAAAACACAGACUGACUAACUAAAAUGUUACAACAUGCGAAAGAAGUUUUACACGUAUUGUCGCCCGGGGCCGGGCAUUUAUAACUGCAUGCAUUGCCAGAUGAUAAAAGAAAGUUCCGGAAUCCAGCAGCCGGAUGAACAGAAGAAGCGGCCGGGUUACCUUUGGAACUAUUUUUAUGCCGUACCGGAUGAAUUCACACUCACAUUCUGAAAAUCUAUGUACGACCUCAACAAAGUAUCUCAUCGAAUGGGUGAUCUAAGGUUUAUUUGAAGACAUAUCAAGAUGAUAAGGAUUGAUUACAUUGUGAUAGUUUGAAAGAGUCACGUCAAUUCGACAAAUCUCGAGCGGCCUAAAAGAAGGUAGUCUUAUGAGAAGGUAAAAAUAUAAACAAAGAACUGGAAACUGUCCUCCGGAUCAAUCCGAUAUCACCAAGAGAGAAUGAUCUAUUCUCUCUUGGAUAUCACCGUAUAGCCGUAAAAUUAAAUAAAUCAUUUUAAUAGAUAAAACAGCCUGCGGAGAGCAGACGUCUGCUGUUCGAAGGCUAUAGAUAUAACCACAAAUUUAAAAAAAAUGAAAAUUGAAACUUGACUGAAAUUUGCGACCAAACAAAACUGAACGCGCUCCCCAAGUUAGGAGGGCUAAUCCCUGGAGGCUAAUCUAGUUCACACCUUAUAAGAGACCAGUACCUAACUUCUCCUAAAAUAUCACUUUUUAGUCAAACAUGAUUGUAAUGAGGAUAAAGAAGAUUAUGACCACCAAAGAUAAAAUACUUUGACUAUAUAUCCUUGCUUAAACCUCCGUAAGUGUUUUUUGUUUUGUUUUUUUUUCUGGUCGGAAUGAAUAAAGUUAAUUCGCGGUAGUGUACGACUAUAUAGGACAGUGUUUUCUAGCUCUCGAAUUUUUGAUUGUAAAGAUAAAACGGCAAUACCCGCCAAUCAGGCCGGGAUCCACACUCCGAUUAAGUCAGUGUCUGUGGGAAAUCUGAGCAUAUGUGCAGCGUUUCUGCUUUCAUAGAUUACUUACAAACUAAUACUGUUGCCUGCAGGUAAUGUGUCUAUUUUGGGAGAAAAAUUCGAAUUGACAAGUAUUGUAUAAACUUUGAAAAGCAAUUAAUCGCCCAUAAAUUGAGUGUUUUGAACCACCAAAAGAUAAAUAUACUCCUCAUUUGUGAGUAGAAAGUUGGCCCCUUUGGCGCAGAAGCAAUUACAGAAUCGGCUCAUUUUUGCUUUUCGUACUUUUCUCCUGUAAGUGAAGGAUCAAACGAUAUUAAUUUGGCAGCUCAGAAACUCAUCUACGAAGUAUUAUGGGUGCACAAUAUCACUCUGUUUGGUUGUAACAGCGUUUUGGUGAUUGUUUUCCAAAAUGUUUGCUUGACUUGCUCUCUCAAUUAAAAACACGCUCCACAGAGCAGUCUUACAGGGCUUUAUCAGACUGGUACAAUAUCUGCAUGUACACCCAGUUCUGUGAAAUAUUUUGGUGUUAUUUUUGUUAUCAGUUUUAAGAACUACAAGAAAACCCUGAAACUAUGGUUCCCAGAUUUGAAUUUACUGUUUUCCCUGAGUGUUACCCUUUUUUAAGGCUUCCCGAAACUGUUUCAUUUAUACUUUUUAGGUGUUAUAUAGGUGCGAACCUCUUUAACUUAUUAUAUUAAAAAGAUGACAUUUUUCACUGAUUUAAGUCAGGGUUAUUUGCCUCAAAAAGUGAUAUCGGUUCAAAAGUUCUAUAAAUUAACAAACAUUACGUGGACUGGAUCCCCGGGGGUACUCCCUUCUAUUUGCCUUAUAGGUCUGUGCCGCCCCCAAGGGUAAUUGAUAUGAUUUUUGCUGCCAGUUUGGUCUGACAACGGGUAUAGACUUUGCCUAUUUUGGUCUGAAUUCGGGUAUAGUUUUUGAGGGAACACGAGAGUACAUGAACGUAUUUGUCGUUUCAAUUCCAAACGAAUAAGAAAGAGAGCGUCGAAUAUGCGAAAUGAGUUUUAAGAAAUUUUUUGUUGGCGCUCUAAUCUAAGUAAUGAUAACACAAUUUCUGUUUACGCCAGGUCUGAAAACGGUUGUGGGAAUUGACAAUUUUUUGGUCUGAAAUAGGGUCAGGAUUUGGAGAACCGGGCGACACAACCCCACCACGAAUUCCCAGGAGUACCCCCCAGGAAUGGACCACUUGCACAGCUGUGAAAUGUACGACUGAAAGUAGUAAUAAGUUAAAUAACUAAUUCAGUUCAAAUUCAUGUGCCAUCGGAAAGUUGUAAUUACUUUACUUUGCGUACCCGAAGCUUUCGUCAGGGUCAUCAAAGAAAAAAUCAAGAAGCAUUUCAUCACCUUGUUUUAGAUACAAAACUCGCCAGGGAGUCCAAUUCGCAGACGCCAUCCGACGCGUAUUACCGGAGACCCCACAAAAAGAACACGAACGAUUUGCAUUGGUGUUACAGCUAUCUUAUCCACAAACCGAUAGGUUUUAUAUUAAUUUCUCAUCGGCUUUUAAAAAAAUAGAAACAUCGUGGAAUCUUAACAAUUAAAGCUGCAUGUAACGUUAACGAGCGAAAAAGUCUCUGUGCAAACUGAGAUGUUUCUUCUUUAAUACCAGUUUCACCUGAAAGGUAACAGCUUUGGGGUUUCCUACACAGGUUGAAGAGUCAUUUAGAGCCAUUUAUGCGAGGAGAAAUAAGAAGUAUCUCUCAUAGGACGCUUCUUAAAUAACGAACUGUGCCAGUUUCACAAGUUUGUCUUACAUAAGACGCGAGUAGCUGGCAUAAAUUUCCUGUCCCGGGCUCGUUUUCGUACGAUUGCUAAUUGCUAGUAGCCACAACAAUCCAACAUGGCCACGCAUAAGUAGAGGCUUGCGUCUUACACAGCGAGGGGCACUGAUUUCUAAGGGGUUUCCGAAGGCGUGUCUCGACGAGUUGGAGAGAACCCCGGGCGAGAUUAGUAUCCCAUGAUUACGGGCUGCUCAGCCAGGUCACGCUAUGGUCUUGUUAAAGACGAAAUGAUGAGCCAUUUUAAAAAAACGGGAAGUUUGCGUCUUACGUAAGACCUGUCUUAUGUAAUACUCCCUCAAGUCACGUUUUACUUGUAAAACGUGACCAAUUUUUUCUCGACUAAAUGAUUCUAUUGUCCGUACACUGAGAUGAUUAUAAAUGCCGUGAACCAAAUACACAAGUGGUCCUGAGAAUACUAAGUUUGUCUCAAAAUACAGUAAGAAACAUUUUGUGCUGUGUUACCGACGCUGAAUAUUUCACGGCAAUCCAAAAGCACCCUGGCAACGAACACAAUGUGACUCUAAUGACACUGUUAUGAUUGUAACAUUCUCAGGUAGAGUCCACCGCUACUCUAUCAGUCCAGGCACCACUUAAAUUGGAUUACAGAUCUGUUGCCAAGGGUUCUAAAUUUGUAUCUGAAACUAAACAAAGGAAUUAUCUGUUGCAGACCUCUGUGUGCAAUUAAACAGUAACACAUGAGGGCAUUCAUUAUUUGAAAGGUUACACCGUGAAACGUUACAUAAUAGUUAUCAGGAUCGCCCACAGCGCGUCUUCUACAGCGCCAACAAUCAGUCAUAUUUCAGGAAUAUCCCGCCAGUUGUUGAGUCCAAGGGAAUCCAUCCACUGUAUCAAAAGUUUCCUUGGGAUGUUUCAUGCAGAACCACUGUCACGAUGGUACAUUAUGAAAACGGUAUGUGGCCUGAUCCCGGGGGUUAGGGGGGGGGGGAGUACUUUAGGAAUUUCUGGGUGGCGAUGUGCCGCUGGGACUCUGGAACCCUUAAUCUAUACCAGAGCUAGUUCAGCUGAAUUUUGCUACCCUAUACUAAAGUAAACUCCCCAAAUCCCCCCUAUCCAAGAGUAGCUGUUUUCCAGAAACUACUGAGGUCACUAGCACAGUCUAGCCAAGAUAGAAUCUUCAACCAACUGAUCAUUUUCCUCAAAAAUGAUACCCUAUUCAAGACCCAAACGCUCUGAUUGAUAUACCCUAUCCUACAGUAAACUGCUUGAAAACCAUACCCCUCACAGCGGCACACAAUAAUAAAGCCCAUACAUGGCAGUACCCCCCCACCCCCCGGGGGCUUGAUACAGGAAUGGUGUUGUAUAUAGAACAAAUUGACGCGUGCUUUAAACAAGCCUACUUUUUGAGCAUUAUUAGGACGUGAGCAACACUUGCAUAAGAUGUUAACUGAGAUAAAUACACUAACACUACAUACACUAACAGACAGAGUCAUAUCAUUAUCUAUUAUCUAUUAUGCCUCGUGUUAAACCGUCCAGUUACAAUCUUAGGGAAGAAACUUGUUUUAAACCUAGGAUUAACACUAUGCGUUUUAAAAACUCUUUUAUUAAUCGUUUAGUGUUUAAAAAUGAAUUAGCUAUGUAAUAUACUACAUUUUUUUCAAUUCUUACUUUUUACCUUUUUAAAAUUUCUUACACUUACUUGUAACAAAAGAUAUGUAUUUUUAUUCUUUGAGGGCAAAGGAUUUGUGCACACACACUAAAUUGGUACGAACUUUUAAGGAGGAAAAGUCCAAAACAAUUAAUUGAUUUUGAGUAACUGGUGACACUGACAUGUACCGGUAGAAGCAAGAUCCAAAUAUCGCACUUUCUUCUGACUUGGAAACAGCCAGCAAAUGCAAAGGUAGCAAAUUAACUAACUUCAGAGACAAACCUAAUGUCACAUGUACGCAGUUCAAUCCGCCGAGUACGAUGCAUGUCAAGGCAACAAAGAUGUGCAAGCUCUUAACUUAAAUAAAAAAAAUCAAGAGUACAUCCUGCUGGCUCAGAGAAUUCAGUAUUUCGACACCCUUUGAUCACGCCCGAUAGUAGUAAGACUGACCUAAACUUGAGUGGCUAAGUUCGGUCUGUAGUCAUGCAGGUGUGCGAGUGAUUACCUAGCGGGAGUCCCAUUUGUUUAAUAACGAGUGCUGAGAUUUCAGACAGAAUUAGACGAAACCAAGCUUCUGUUACUAAAUAAUCAUUACCAGAAAAUAAAAAGAACUUGCGAGAGUUUUUUGCUAGACGUGGGGAAACCACGCAAAAGAGUAAUUGUCCUAUUGCAACGCGCACGAUGGCACAAACCGUCCAAUUACUUUGUCCUGUUAAUACCGAAAUCGAUUGCCGAUAGGCAAUUACACCGGCCAAAUCUAAUUUUUCGCUAGUUUCAAUACCUAUCAUCUCUCGAAAACAAGAUGAAGUAGUUAUAAGAAUACCUGCGAAUGCGGCAACGUGUACAUUGGCGAGUGAGGAAGAUGUAUAGAUGAACGAAUUGAGGAACUGAUGACCGGUAUCGCCCCAUGUAAAGGAAUCCAAGACAGUCUAGGAUUCUGGGUUCCACGCAGUGGAUUCCGAAUCCCGGAGUGACACUGAAUUCUGGAUUAUUAAUUUUUUGCCAGUGGAACUUAGAUUCCGAAUUCCAAUUGUUAGUGGGAUUCCGGAUUCCUUGGGCUGUAUUCCGGGUUGCCCAACUCAAAUUUCUGCAUGGGAUUCCGGAUUCAACAAGCAAAAAUUUCCCUGAUACCGGAAUCCGGAUUUCCUUACAGGGACAUACGGCUUCAGGAAAUCAGUGCUCAGCGUUUCUGAACACACCAAUAAGACUGCGGAUUAUAUCGCUUUGGCACGACGUAAAUUUUAUUGACUGAGACCUUCACUGGGACUCUAGUCUAGUAAAGGAGGCUAUCCACAUCAGAAGCCUUUACCCUAACAACAUCAACAGAGACGACAGAAUCGUGGAUGCCUACGAGUUUUUGACAGUACCGUACAGCCGAUCGCUACCAUGAAGCGCCGGGCAGCCAAGGGAACAGUCUCUUAUACUAACAAUACCAGCAAAGCAUCUGAUCGAAUUACCCAUCAAGCAUGAUCGAGUGAAGUCCACAGUGUACCACUCACAAGGACCAACAGUGUUAAUUACAGUUCCACUCGGCAAAUCGAUACCAUCGCCGGUGAAAGGCCAGCUGCGCGCGAUCAAUGGCAAAGUCGAACGAAGGGACUUUCGCGAGACUAACGAUAAUUAACACACCACGAUCAAUACCUUCCACUGAUAGUAACAAUAACUUAGCUGAAAGUUCCUUUAGACUAUCGACGGCUGAAUUUUGAAAUCACGAAAACUAAGCUGAACAGCUGCAUUAAAAACUGGACGAUCUUUUAGGCAGUUGUGUUUACAAGAGUUCAUGUCUGAGUUAGACUUUAGAAAUUGCCCAGUUGUGUUUCGCUACACUAGCUAUGCAUUGGGGUAAGGCACUUGAUUUUCUUAGUUAUGCGUCUGCCGCAUUAAUUAUUCAUUCAGAUGCGUAAAGGUAAAGGUCCUUUUUUAACAUCGGUUACUCGUAACUUUAAUUUAUAGACUGACAAACCCCUGCGACUCAUUUUGCACCUCUCUCUAAUUGUCCUAAGUUAAACGGGUAUUUAAAGUUACUUAAAGCUAUACGUAAAAGAAAGAAGUAGAAAAAGGAUUUGAGGUCACUGACUUAUGUAUCGAACGUCCCGCACAGAAAAUGCUGCGGAUUAACCAGUUGUGCUAAUAUAGCUUGCUCUCGAACUUGCCAAAUCAGUAUGACCGAGAGAAGAUAAUUAUAGUACUUCAUUAAACUUACCUAUUCAGAAACUGACUUGGUAAUCAUCUCAGAGACCUAUCUGGUUUAUUUGUAGCACGAAUCAGCUAGUGAUAUUAUACUUUGUUCUCAAACUCUGAAAUCGAAAGUUCUUGUAAGUAGCAGACACUAAACUGAUUGCUUUGCUUAUGUCAGUCAAUUAGUAUUUCAUGAUCCCGUUCAGUUUAAAGUCACCAGUUAAAAAAAUGUGUGCUGCCAAGACGGAAGAAACUGAUUUGCCAAUAUACUUGGUAUGGAGAUAGAAUGGCACCAUACAUAUAUACGGUAAUUACUGCGGAGAAACCAAAAUGUCUGUAGCUCCAUAACGUCGGGCUAUUAAUACGCAGUGACACAAUUAUAUAUUGCGUCCGUUCGCAGGGAGAAAGAGUCUAUGGAGUGUUUUCACUCACGUGGCCAGCGUUCAUGCAAAUUUAUAGGAACAAAAGAAAGCGUUUGCAUAAGAAAAGAGUUCAACUCCCACAGGACUGGUUUGGGACACCAACAUGGCCGCCGUUUCAUUGUUCUGGGACACCAAUAUGGCCGCCUUGACGUCAUGUGAAAACACUCUAUACGAGCCAAUAAUUAAUUAAACAAGAAUCAAUAAGUCUGGAGCCUUUACACCCGCGGAUUACUGAGUGCUGUUGAGUGGGAAGAGUGAAAGUGAAAGCCAUAACGUCAUUACAUUGAAUAUCAACUUUAUCAAUCUGUGCCAUAUCAUUAGCCAACAAUCAUUCCAAAUUGCGCGAAAAAAAAUUGGUUGCCAUGACAAUGAUCGUGCUUAGUCACUCACAAAUAACACUGAUCACUCAGAGAUCAAAUGGAAUUGAAAGAUAAUCAAUAGGGCAAUUAUUUUUUGGGCUUCUUUUUCUCUCCAGGCUGUUUUGGCGAAGUUUUUUUUUUUUUUAAAUUUAUGCUGAAACCAAGGAAUACUUAGAAUUUUUGUCAGGUAUUAAGGUAUUUUUAUGACCGUGAACUGAGCAUUAAGAAGUUAGUUUUUAAAAAAUGGGGAACUAAAGUUAAUCCAUGGGUUUAAACUUGGGCUGCCUGGGUUUAUUUUUUAUUACGACUUGCGAUAAAUUGACUUGUUUGAUAAAGGACUUGUUUGAUUUUAUCGCUGUGAACCUUGUUGCGCUAAUAAGAGAAUUAUAUAGUACGUUAUCAACUAAGUUUACUUCAUAUGGAAUAGAUUGACCUUGGUUUGUUAACUUUAUGUUUGCCGGUAUGACCGAUAAAAUUGUGAUGUUACCAAUGUAUUCACGUGAUAAGUUAAAAUUCUUCAUCUGUAACUGAUGGAAACUUAUUGUAAGUUUCUAUAGUACACCUUACUCAGUUUAAAAUUGAACUGUUUCUGGGCAUGGAAUUUUACUGGAAUUUGAUUUUAGCCUUAUAUUUGGGAGUAAGCGAGUUCAAAUACAGAAAAUUCAUUAGAUCAUAGAUACUUUCACCCGACUCAGAGCCCUCGCCGGAACUGGUUGGUUUGUUUGCAGUUAUAUUGGGUGUUAAACUCAGCUAUUUUGACGUCGUGUGCUGGAUCAGACAGGCCCUGCGGCUAAGGCAUGUUAACACAUGUGAUCAUUAUAUGUCUAACACAUUAGUGCUGACUUCCGAAAAAAAAAAGCUGCUACAAAACCUUCAAAAGUCAUCGGUACUAUACUAUGCAUCGGCACGUUAAAUACGGAAUUCCUAGAUCCUAAACCUCUCAGGACCAUGGUUUGUGCAUGAAAUUGCGCAUAAUAACAGUGAAAUUAAUUCGGAAUCAAUAUUAGCCUUUGCGUGUUUGAUAACUUGGUCAUUUCGUGAUAUCACGCGAAGGGCGAGACAGAAAGUUCUAUCUUAUUCCAAUCGUCACGCUAGCAUUUAACAAAAAUGUUUUCGAGCGAAAUUCCGAGCAAGCAGAACUCGAGUACAAAGAUCGUCAGCGACCACGUGGUACUUAAAAUUAGUCAAUAUUUACUAGUUGUCGUUGUUACCCUCGAGCUUUCUCACGACCUGGCUGCUAAAGAGAUUAAGAAACAAAAAUAGAUUUUUCGUGACUUGUAUUGCAUCUGUUUAACAGCUUAGACCUGUGAUCUUUGUUGACAAUAGAUAUACAUAUCCUGUAUCGAAAUAAAAGUAACUCUGUAACAGAUAUAAAACAAAUAGGUACGUAACUUCUGGAAAGGAGAUGGCUUAGCGGACAAAAUCGUAUUAUCGGCUCUUAUUUGUUUUUCCCCGUCAAAAAAUAGGAGAUUCCCAGAUCUAUCGACGGCAGACAAUUUCUGGAAUGAACUGUUUUGACUCGUUUUAUAGUUCGCACGCUGAAUGACUCAUUCAUUAAACUUGUCGUCCGUCGUGGGAGGAUAGGUUCGCCAGGAAUUUAUACAGAGAGGCUGCAGGUGCCAAGUACUCUCAACACUGCACGAGUUGGACCAUUUAGCGCUUCAACUCGCUCGCGGCGCGCCAGGUAUAGCUGUUACGUAAUUGAGAGUAGGAGAACAGAUUUGAUCAGCUGUCACUAGGACUGCACCCGUUCAUCCGCGAAGCCAACAGCUUGCUUCUUCCUAAAAUAAGUCCAGUUUAUUUUCAGAACUAAACCAAAACAAUAGAACAAAGCAAAAAAACUUCACAGGGGUCCCGUAAGGAAUUUGUUACGGGCUUAAAAUAGCAAACGCUGCCGGUCGUCGAAUAGAGAAAGUUUGACAGCAGUAGAGCGUGCUUACAACGUGUCCUGGAGACGCCAUUAACGGGCCAGUGGAUAACUGUGAUGGCCACUUGCACUGAAGAGGGAACUUCUUCUGCUAAUGAAACAUCCGGAGUGACAACAAACAGGUCUGUCAUGGUAAGUUCAAUCAGUUUUUAUCAUCGCAGUCUUGGUCACUGGCCUUAUAAUGUUCUACCUCGAUUUUGUCAGAAGGACCCGUGUCGAGUCUAACUAUUGCCAUGGGCAAAAUAAGUGAGAUGCCAUCUUCUUCAUUCGGCUUAACACUGUGACUAGCUGGAUUUCGGAGAAUAGAACCGUUUGCCGUUUUAUUGUAGGAAAUGUAGGUGCACUGUGAUUUGUGUUUAGCAAACAACGUUGGACAUCGGCGGAGCGAAUCGACCAUGAUAUUGUCGCAAAAAAGCUACGCUACACAAUAUAAUUAUGUGGGAUUCAGCUUCUGACAAAUUUAUUAAUUACACUUGCGUCAUUUUUUUAGUGGACAACAAAAUUUGCGAAAUCCAUCGCAGAACUUGGCCCCGCCACUAAGUUUGCACCCUUAAUUUCUAUGACGUUCUGAAACUUUGUCCGAGCCGGAUGUGGACACACUUGUAGGGGCGAUUUGACCUAGUUUUCUGAAACACUUAUUAAUUUAAAAAAAACUAAUUGCGUCAUUAAAAUAUUGAAUUUUAUUGUAAUCAAAGAUAAUAUCUGAGAUUGGGCGAAAAGUCAUUCUCCGAGGAGAAAAAUUGUUGUGCUCUUCAAGAGUAACGACUUUAUUUGUUUUCACUAGUUAACUUUUGAUUUGAGACCCGGCCGGAGCUCUGUACUGAAGCAACUCAUUCACGGAGAAAAUAUUUCAGCUAAAAAUCAAACUGUGGCUUAUGUUACCCCUUUUUCACACCCAGAAACCUAAGAACCCUCAGACAUUUCAACCGCCUUUGUCGCCGGACAAAGCAACGAAAAGAAAAAUGUCACCUGUGAAAUCAUUUCGGCUACCUGGGCCUCACGAAACGCAAAAAUUUUUUCUAACAAUAAGCGGCUUGUAUUUAACCACUGUACGACUUAGCAUAGUUCAAGUGUCAUUUCAUAGACCACAGGGACAGACCCAUUUUACAAACCAUUGGUAUAUGGAAUAGAUCAACGCUUUUAACAAGCCGAUGCAAGUAAGUUACUGCAUGAUUACCAACUUUUAAGUCAAGAAGAGGCAAUAUGUCUCACCGGCAUUUAUACAGCACUGAACAGUUUUGAGAAGCAUAGAUUGCCGAAAUUAUAACUAGACACAGAAAAGAAAAUAACUCAACGUUGAUGGGUUAGUUAGGCUUGUUUUAAUUUAGCUGUAAGUGUGGGUUUAGCUAACGCAAUGUUCGACUAUGCGUCGUCCGAUUUCGGUUCUCGAACCUCGCUUUUAACAGGGCCACACUUCCUUGUGGCUCACCGUCUGAGUGCAAAACGUCUUUCCUUUGAAUGACUCGACUGCAGAAGCAAAGGCCUAUUUUAAGAUAAGAAAGGAAAACAGUAAAAACAAAUAUCCGACAUAUCUUCAGUCAUGUUCAAGGGAUUUUUAGUAGAUGUUUUUCUUUCUAUCAUUCGGAAACCACAUCUGACGCCCGUGGGUAAAGGUCGAAAUGAGUUGAAGCCGGCAGUGGAUGAAAGUGAAAUUCCAAAACAUAACAUAACAUAAAAAAAAAUCGAGGACUUCAGUAUCAAUUAAGACGUGUGACGGAAGUUUUAUCGAGUUAUCUGGUGAUAAACAUAACUUAUAGUAAGUUACAAGUUUAGAUACAACCGUGAUAUUCACCGUGCCGCGAUAUUAACAGUGUUAUGAUGCGGCACGUAAAAUCUUGGAUGGCCGGUGUAUUCAGUGACUUGGCUGUUACCCGAGAUGAGCGCCGCUUAAUUGUUAUGUAAUUCACAGAGGCCUUGGCCUGUUAUGAAACUUGACUUAUAAAGUUUAACUAAAAAGCUGUUAUAAUAUAGUCUUUCCAACAUUAGAUACUGAUACUGAGAAUUAUUAAGAGACCUCUGACUUCCAUCAAGGAGUACUCAGGACAAUCUGCUUCACAGUACUGCCGGUAUGACACAUCGAAAAAGGGAGUCGCUACUACUGUAGUUUUAGAAGCAACAUAUGGCUAUAAAAGAGACCAUUAUCUAUUGCUUAGCUUCGCAAUUUAUUCGCUAGAUUCCUACUGCAGUUUGUUAUGUGGUGUCCAGUUAAAUAUAAUAAAUUAUAUCCUUCAGUCUUGACCAUUCCAUCGAAACCUUAUAAUCGAUCAUAGAAUUUCUGCCGUCCCAAGGAGAGCAACAAAGAUGGACACAUGUGUUAAGCUCAAAGGAAAUAAGUCAGUCAAUUUAUCUUCUAAUGGGACAGGUUUCCCUCUGAUCAUAUUCGAUCAUCAUUUUUCUUUGAGUAAGCUUUUGUAGAAACUGUUUCCAUGACAGUUGAGCUUCGGCGCAUGGCAUUUAGCCCAGUUGUUGUUUGUUCAUUACUGACCUACAUCUGUAGUACUUUCAUUUUCUAUUGGGAAUUACUCAAUUUCGCGAACUGGGAACCAAAGCACUCAAUGGUAGGGUAUCAGCUUGAGGCAGUAAUAUCUUUGUCAGUUUUAACUCAAUACUAGUUGACCGUUCGUUAUUCACGGGUACUAUUACACUCCAGUAGGAUGUUAUUCAUGGCCAUGAAAGUUAUCAAAAGUAAAAGGAGUUAUUUCGACAUCUAUACACCACAGUCAGAUUUUGUUUAAUGUGUAGUGCCCCGAUCAUUGUUCUACUAACAUUUAAACAAAACAGAAUGUUUUUAAUUAAUAAUAAAUAGUUUAGCUUACUCGCUGUAAAGCCUGCAAGUUUUAUCACCUUCACCUCACCCAGCGAACAGAGGAUUUCUUCGAUUCCCCCAGACUUAUCCUGUUCCACUGGAUGUAUUUGUCCGUGCCUGUUUGCUCGGAGUAAUUUUACUUAAUCUGUGAAAUAGGUUAUGGUCUACUACGAAACUGUUAUGCACUGAUUUAAUUUAGUUUCUUCUUUCGUUUUUUUGACAUUGAAAAGUAAACUGAAUCACUCUUGUCUAAGACUUAUUUGUAACAAGUUAAACCCCGCAUUAAAAAAAAAAAAAAAAAAAAAAAAAAAAAAAAAAAAAAAAAAAAAAAAAAAAAAAAAUAACAAAGUUUUAUUUUUAGUUUUAGAAAAAAAAAAACAAACAAAAAAAACAAACACGAAAAAAAAAAAUUUAUUUAUUUUAUUCAGAAAACUUUCAUGAGUUUUGUUUCAUCCACGUGGUUUAUUUGUUCGUUGCUUUUUUCUCGGAGUAAUUUUACUUAAUUUGUGAAAUUGGUUAUGGUCUAUUUCGAAACUUUUAUUCACUUAUUUUUUUUUGUUUCUUUUUUCGUUUUUUUUACAUUGAAAAAUAAAAUGAAUCACUCUUGUCUAAAAAUUAUUUGUAACAAAUUAAACCCCGCAUUAAAAAAAAAAAAAAAAAAAGCCACAAAUAGGGCUAUACAUUAGCAUUAGCAUUUCCAAUGGUUUAAUUUUACCUCUGGAUCACAGGAAGCUAAACAAGCCAUCGUCCAGGUCAAUAAGAAGAUCUUCAGAUACCUUCAGGCAAACUUCAUGGGUUUUUUGUAUGGUAGUUCAGUAAAAAAACGUCAAGGUACGCACUAACUUAAGGCUUAACAUUUUACUCUUGACUGGAGAGGUCAAGGCAAGUUUUCUCCGGCAAUUCCAAUUUACGGUGAAAAACAAAUAAACUUACUCUCUUCGUGACACAUAACUAACUAUACUGCCAUUACCAGAUAGUUUUUCGGUAGAGUUUAAUAAUCACUUUUUGUAGAUUUUCACUUAUAAAAUUACUCUUUUCGUGUCACUUAACGAGCUAGUUUUUCGAAAGACUUUAAUAAUCACUCUUUAUAAAUUUUCUCUCAUAAUUCCAACAUGAAGUUCAGUGUAUAAUUUCAAAAUGUGCAGGACUCGUGCAGCGAAUCCGCCCUAGCUCGGAGCAACACUUAGCGCGUGAUAUGAGGCUGUUUUUUCAAGCAACCUUGACCACAUAAUAUGCUUAUAUGCUUAUAUGUCCCAUAUAAGAUCAGUCGCUCUAUAACAAGUGUACUGUAUUAUUAAUAAGUCUUCCAAGAUUUCAACAUAGUCUAAGCAGUGAAAAAUGUUUUAUGGCAUUGUCAAGUGAAUUCUUGUCGUAAAUUUGUUUAAUCAAGGUUAGAGUCUUUACAGAUUAGGCUUCUGCAUCCCCGAGAAGUAUAUUGGAAGUAAAUCCUUAAAAAAAAAGCAAAAAGAGUGAUAUUGUUGGCGACACACUUGUGAAAGUUAGCCCAACUUUUUCAAGUGUUAAUCCUCAGUUUGUUUCAAAUUACUCGCCUACAUUCAAAGCCACCAGCAAGAGUGUCUGAGUGGAUUCAGUUCAGUUAUAAAACCCUAAUAAAUUAGAAGUAGUUUUUAACAAAAUGGAACAUUUUACUUAUUUUCCGUUGAUAGAAAUCAGUACAUCUUGAUACAAAUCAGUUGAAUCUUUUACUAAGGAACCUCUUUAUUUGAUUACGAGUGGCUUACUUCUCUCGUUAUUCCGGCUUCGAUUAAGUGUGCCUAUUAAUUUGUAUGGUAAACUUAUCAAAAUCGGUAUAUCAUGUAUCUGCGUUUGCCGCAGUCGAUAAAUGAAACAGAUAAAAAGCAGACGAGGAAAGCUUUACCCCGGUUCACUCUUAACUGAAGUAACUAUUUUGUCUUGAAUUUCCUGUAGUCCAUUGCAAAAUGAGAAAUUGCUAGAGUAAACGAAAAGUUUUCAAAACUAGGUUGAUCGAGGGAAGUUACAUCAUCAUCGACCCUGUAAUUUAUACCAUACGAUUAUUGAAAACAGAAUUCUGACAGGUAUGUUGUCUGAAACUUCUGAAUUGACAGUACGAACUGCUUAAAAGCUAAAAAGCCACAACCCCCACGGACUUUUUAUUUUUUUUAAUUUUAACCUCUGCGAACUUACAGUCGACAGAUGCAAAGGUUUCCGAAUCAAGGAUCUUCAAAUUGAAUCAGUAGUGAAAGAAGUCGGAGCUGAUCUUGAGUGGUGUUAUAAUUUAAUUUGACGACUUUUUCUGAUUUGAUGGAGCUGGCGGAUUUUUCAAUAGAGACUUUUAAACACUAAACUGUUUUUGCCAGUCACAUCAACAAAUUUAUGAAAUAACUCAGCUAAUGAAACAAGGAGGUUGUAGAUUCUGAUACUCGGUGAGAAGUUUUGGAAAUUCUCGCCAGAAAUUCGGAAUUCGUUCUCGUGUUACUACGGUGAUGAUAGGAUGGUUUUUGAACUCGAAAUUUAAUGAAAACGCCUCAUGCAAGCUCUGGCAAAUGUACUCUAUAUAUAACCGAUGAACAACUAGGUAAAAGAUUAGGUGUGGCAAAAGCUUAGGGAUUGUGAGGUCACUGCUACUCAAUAGUGAACUCACCUGGAAAGGUUUUUAUUUAAUAUACCAAUUGUUGCUUUUUAUUGCUUUUUUUGAUCUGAACGUGAGAGUGAAUAACGAAUCAGUAUACGUAAGGUAACAUACUGCAGGGCAAAGGCGAGGAACGCUCUCUGCACGUUACUGAAAAGCAAGUAUCUGUACAUAUUUGACCCUUGAAUCUGACUUGAUUUCUGAGGUAAAAUGUUUGUCCAAACUAAAGCCAAUUACAACGAUAAUUCUCGAUUGAAUUAAUGUUAUGUGCUUUUUGAGAGAGAGACUUUUGGAUUGCAGAUGACAGAUUGGAGCAAGUCAGAUUGAAUAGGUUUCUCAGCCUAGACAUAAUUCAAAGAGGUCAAGGGUAGUGUCAGUUUCUCUUAGAUAUCGAUUAAAUAUAACAGGCAUUUUUAAAACAAUAAAAGCCAGACAGAUCAGAAGAAGAUGAAAUCUUGAUGCAAGUUUCACAGUUGUUUGAGAGAGUCUAUAGAAACAGCAGCUCGUGAUCUGUCGGCCAGUAAGCAAAAGGGACUAAGGGAACACGAGCUCACUGAUCCGGUCCAUAUACAGCUAUUUCGAGAAUUUAAGGUUGUCGGAAAAAAUGUGCACGAGACGAUCCCGAAAGGUAGAUGUGAUACCAUCAAUACACCAUUCCUGAAAAUGUAUCUGUGGAACCUACUUUUGUUGCUUUCCGUUAGCACUUGCAAACAUACGUUCACUUCUUUGAAGAACAGUUAACUCAAAACCAUCCACGAUACCUUCCGGGAUUGUCGCGAGCACUUUUUCCGACAACCUUUCUCGAAAUAGCUUUACUGCAACCAUCUUCCCGCAGAAUGCAGCAACUCCAAAAGUCCUGAAACUUUCAGAUUGAGCUGAAUAUGGACCAUGAAACUUGGCGACGUGAAACAAAUUUCGAUUGGUAGAAAGAUUUUAAUAGACUUUUCUCCAAUAAACAACCCAAUGCCGGCGAGUCACACAGAGCAAAAUAUGCCUGUACAGAUUCGUGCAAAUAGACGGUUUGCUUUGUCUACGUUUUAUUAAUCCGAAUAAUUGGAUUUUGCUUAAGGUUAAUGAUCGUCUCAUUUAAGUGUCCGCACUUCUAUAAGAGCAGUCAUUUGGAUUGCUUCGGCAGCUCCCACGCAUAUUGUCGCCGGCUGGCUUUUAAACCAAGCGAUUUCACUUCCGCAGAAAAUUACAUAAGCAUGUUAAACGUAAGUUUGUUCAGUUUCUAACACUGAAAACAUUUAUUCACCAUUUUUAGUUUGUUAACUUUAAAGAAUUUCUUGCUAAAAAAAUCGAACGAGCUUAUGAAGAAUUCAGUGAUACUGCGAGUUAUUUUUCGUUCAAGCCAUUAAUAUAGCAUAUAUUUCCGAAAAGAAGAAGCAAUUCAUUGUAAAGUUUGACGGUUACUUCGGAUCGGCAUGACUGACUUUUUGGCAAACCCUAUUAUCUAACUACUAGUUAUAGCUAUCGCUAAGUGCCAACGAGCAAAGAUGUUACCUAAAUGUUGUUUAGAAAAUUAAUGUCAUGAAAUACAGUAACUGAUGAAAAAUAGAUUGAACUUAAUUCGUUUGCAUUAGAGAAAAUAAUCUUGAAAAUAGUGCAAACGUAAAGCAAGGGGCACACACAGACCAACCCACGGUCAGGCCAUUACCUCACGCAUGCGCACAGGCGUAUCACGCGGGAAGAGGCAGCCAUGGACAAAUUUUUCGCCCUUACUGGGGCUUAUCAGCGUGGCAUAGCCCUAGGUCAGUGAACGGGGUAAAAGUCCUUUAACUGCGCAUGCCAGCUCCACACGACACAUAUGGGAGCUGUUGGCUGGGAACAGCACGGCAGUUCUCCUGCGACAUGCGCGGGGAAGGCGGAUCGUGGGUUGGUGUAUGUGUGCCCCUUGCUUUGAUUUGUCUUUUGAAAAUAGUGAACUAAACUGUGCUACUGCAUAAAGAAUUUGAAAUCCCGACUUUACAUGGCAAAUUUUUCGAGAUAUUGAUGUUUGUGUUUUUGUCCGAAGUUGCGCUCAAGUCAUUUUGCGUAAAAUUUAGUGGCCUUAUAAGCGACAUGCAAUAAAAAAUUCCAGCGGGCAAAUGAGCGGCCAUACGCAUAUGCUGCAAAUGCAAGGCGGGAUGAACAUGGGACUCACAAGCAUGCAGACGGCACGUGGAAUCUUUGUUCUGUAUCACGUGUUCGCUCGGAAACAAUGCAUUCUCUGCUCUGCAUUACGUCAUGAGUGUUGUCUUACAUUACGCUAUGUUACAUUGAUUCGAGAUUUUUUCUACCCCUGGAACAAUCGCGCACGGCUCUAUUAGGCUUCCGCCUCGCAGCCUCGCAUCUUCGCGAGGCUGCUCGUUGGCAAAUGCAAUGAGGGUCCAUAAGUCACUUGCACUUUCUCAACUAGACAUAGUCUACUUCCUGCAGUACCAGUCAGCAUGUUUCGCCAAAAGCAUCGACUUAGAAUUUAGAUGAGCUUGUCACAUGGAUACAAUGAGAUAUUUUAAUCCGUAAGAUAAAUAAGAGAGAAAGUAGAUAUUGAACUUCGAGGCUGUAACCUCGGCUCUUUUUAAAACUUAUUUCAUCGAUACCACGUAUUAUUACUAAUCCACUAUUUUUGCACCCGCGUUUUAAAAAUACUCACUAAAGCUUCCACAGUUAUUUUCCAUUAAAACUAUUUAACGAUUUUUUUUUGUUUUUCAACCGCUUAAAACCGCCUACGCACACAAAGGAGUCAAUUCUAGUCGUCUGCUCUUUGUGUAGCCAUGAAACAAGGAUUUUGUUGAGUGAUUUACGACGUUAAAAGGGUGUGAACUAGGUGAUGUUUUCAAGAACCAUCUCUAGAAUUUUUUUUUGGAACGUGACGAUUUUUAAUUUGCUAUUGUUUACGUUUGUGCUAAUGUUAUUUUGUAGCCAAUACUCACGUACAUCCAGACUUCCAGUGCAUUAUAUAAGUUUGUCGGCCGCGUAAGCAACAUUUCCGUCGAACAACAUCUAUAGACGACCGUCAAUAUAAACAGUACCGCUCAUCAUAUACAAAGCAGCAGAUGAGUGUUUAUGUUUAUUAUACAUAUUCGCAUUAUCUGCCUUAAGCCACUCAUGCACGAUUUGGAUUCCUGUAAGGUGAGUUGGCUCAAUGGAGGCCUGUGAGAAAUUGCACGAUUUCUCAGUUGCUACUUCGUUUAAUGCAGUUAAUUUCUCAGCAUUUCUUCCCUUAAAAAAACGGACGACCGAUUAAAUCACAGAGUGUCGGUGAUGAAGAUAAACAUAUUUGGCGAGACAUAUUCAUUGCCGAAAGAAGUGCGGUCAGCCUAAUCGAGUGAAGAAAAGUUUCUGUUUUUUAUCUCUUUGAAUCCCUGUGAGAAGAACUUUGUCAUCGAGUUAGUAAGUAAUCUGUCUACCUGCUUAUCCAAUUAAUGCUUUCAAACUUCGUUUUAUUUUCCGUAUUAAGCCUGUUGAUGAAAAUUGGAGUUUCCGUUCCCGCCUGUGUGGUAAUUGGCGCAGAAAUUUAGUUUUUAGUACGGGCGUUGCCGAGCUUAUUGAAUUGCCCUCUUGACAGAGAGUGUUUGCUCUGAUGAAACAUGUCAGGUUUAAAGAAUACGCUAGAAAAGUACUCAGUAAUCGUUGGUUUAUCAAUGCUCUUUUUGUACAAGCGGUUAAUCGGCUCCUGAUCGAACGAAAUCAUGACAGGGAUUUCACGUACUGGCUGGUUAAAGACUUGCUUCGGUAGUGCGCCAUGUAAAAUGUAAAUCCCUGGUAGGGAUCUAAUCUAGUUUGGGCUUUGAUAAUUGAACACACUUUGUUAGUAUACUCUCAUGAUUGAUGCGUGUAUUGCAGGGCGAUUUACUUUUAUUCACCAAGAUAUAGGGAGUAAUAAAGACAAACAUUUUCUAAUAAUAUUACCCUUAGCUUCCCUCUGUAAGUCGGCCCAAGAAUGAAACAACAAAGUAGGAUAUGUCAAAUAUUUUUAUUCACAUCAACUACAACUGAGAUGCUUGGCUCUAUUAGCCUCAAUGUUUUGCCAAUCUCAGUCGAAAUUAGACAGUUUAGUGAGAUAUGACCGCCUUGGUUAUUGGCACUUUUAGUUCAUUGGGAGAUCUAGGCCGAACUUAACAGUAAUUGACCUUCAGCUGAAACCAGAUAUGACUGCCUUGCCGGGCCGGCACAAUGCUACUAGCUCUCAAGUCAAAAUGGCCAUCUAUUAUUUUAUUUCGAACGAUCGAUUCUUCAUUCAGUAGCAUAAGCUCAAUUAAGGGAUGUGACUCCGUUCAAGGUUUUAGAAGCUGUUUCGGGAGAAAGGAAUACUACUCCACAAUUAGGGGAGUUCCGACAUUACAUCUGAUGCCAACUGAAAGCACCAGAGCUAAAAAAAAAUGAUGAAUACUUCUUGAAUCCUCAGCGUAGAUUGUCCUCAGUUCUGAUCUUGAUUGUGAAUAUAACCACGUCAGUCGGCGAACUUGAUGAAUCACAAAUACUAGUGUAACUCUGCAGGUUACUGAUUUGGGGCUAUGUGGUGUAGUAAUGUGUGCACAAAAGUCUGGUGAUCUUAUAAGGCCCUAGGAUUAACUAUGAGCAAUAAUAGAAUUGUAUUCAUGGACUGGCUAGUGUAGAUAGAGUGUUGCCUUUGUCAGUAUUUGACGAUAUACAUUUAAGGACGGCGGAGGAAAAGUCUAGCCGCAAACUGCGGCUGCCUCAAAGAUUAAUUUUGUGGACAAUUUUCUGAAAUUUUACUCUAGAUCUAUCAAGCAGUCUGCGUUAGUCUAUAAAGAAUAAAAAUGUUCAUUUUCACUUUGUGAUAAUCAAGGAAUAAAUUCCUCUUACAUCAAUACACAACUAGUGGGGCUAAAUGCUUCAUGGUUUAAGGAGAAACGUCUAGAGAAUCAGCGUGGGUUAUGGUUGAAGAGAUAAGAAAUAAAUCAUUCCGGCCAGCGUUCUGGUGUUUGUCGUCUGUUUUUCAAGCUAGAAGUUAACACAUUUAUUCCGGUUAAUAACCUUGCAUAAACCGAAAAAAAUUUGAAGCGCAAAGAAGAAUCGCUGGUGGAUGAAAGUGUCGCGUGUUUUCUAAUUCAGACAACGAAUUCUUUCAAUAUAGUGCUGUAUCUCGACCAACUACGAUUACGGAAACGGAAGAGAAAUAGAAUAUUUACAAGCGAGGUAAAUAAGUGAUAUAAUUCUAAUAGGUCAAUUGGAUUUGCCUUACAACGGAUGGAUGACACGCUUUAUUUUUAGAUUUGUGAACUUUUCAACAGUCUUAAACCGCUGCUAUUGUAAGAACUAAAUUGUCCAAAUAGUUGGAAAGUAAAAACUGUUCUCCGUCAUUUUCCUCAAGGUUCGAAUGGAUUCACACAAAGUCGGGUUUCUUUGAAACUUGUCACUUUAAAUUUGUGCAUUUGGUUGGUGUUUUAACCCUUUCACUGCCAUGUUUAGCUAAAAGCAAAUUUCGACCAAAUUUCCAAAUUUUAUUUUGUGAAAUUUUGAAAAACAAAUAGCACCAUGUGAAAGUACAGGCAGAGAGGUUUCAUUUGAAUGGUCACAUCAUAGGAUUUUGUCCGCAGACUCAAAAGUUAGAGUCACAUUACAAAACUCCAUCAAGCACUGGCAGCGGAAGGGUUAAACGAAGUCAGUAGAUGCGCCGUGGGUAUCUUUAAUCGAGACUGACCAUUCGGUACUGAAAAACUUUUCUUUCCUUUGUCAAACUCUAUUUUGUUUGUCCGAAGAGCCAUAAUGGAAGAUUAUGGGUCUUGUUCGUCAAUAUUUCCUGACAUAAAACUGUUAUUGGCAUCCACUUUUCAAAACUACCCCCUCUUACUUUGGAGUGAACAAGAUCUGAUUUCUGUCAAUGUUGGAUUUCAUAACUGGUAAAUUCAGGCAUGCUCAGUCUCUUUAUUCUCUGCGUAGAGAAUCCAACCCUUGCUAUCAAACGAGCCUCGAUUCCCGAGUCCCGAGUUCAAGUCACUCAUGACUUAAGUUUUGAUUCUUGGAAGAAAUUAUUCAAUGUGGUCUUUCAACUAACAGUGUAACAGCUCUUUCCUUGCGUUCUUUCAAAGCGAAUUCCCUAUUUUAUUUAGUUGGCUCCAAUGAUAUUUUAACCAAGUAACUUUAAUGGAACUAUAGAAAUGGCAAUGAACUUUGGGAGAAAUAUUGCCCAAUUCUCCCUCGAUGGCGUCUUGCCGUCUUCAUUUAAAUAUUUAAAAUGUUCUUGAACACUUGGUCGGCGGUUCAUUGAAUGCAGUUCAAUUACUUCAAAGGAGGGCACAAGCGGUGUAAUGACGCACAAAGGGCCAGCGAACUUUCACCUGCCUAACGGUGGGUCUCACAGGAAAGACAAAGCAGAUUUAAACGAAAUCUUAAAUUGGCUGAGUUAUCGCGCUAAAUAAAGGCGUAUAAAAAUCUAAUUUUGGUUUAAGUUGUAGACAGGAGAUGACCACCCGUCACGUGUUUGCGUCAAUGGGGAACUGUAGCAUUGCGCAAGAUCAGUGGGUAGCUCUCCAUUUAGACGAAUAACUUUUAAACACAAAGAAACUUUCAGUCAGUGCUAAAAAUGGCUGUGUAGCUCCAGUCAGUUUAAUCAGACGAGGUUUGAUUCACGCUGAGUAUAUUAUUAUUUAUGUUGUGUCAGAAGUGAAAGAGCUUUUCCGCGUUGAAGCCUAAAUUACAAUCCAGAACAAAUCAGAUAGGAUCCAAUCAAGGUCACAGUGAUUUCACAAUGCCAAUCCCCAAGGAUCUUUAUUAAACAAUUUACCAGCCUUGAACAGCUUAUCUGAAGUCGCCUCUUUCCUGGUUAAGUUGCUAUGACAGAUUUCUCUAACGUUUGACACUUUUUGAAAAAUGGAUAUAAAGGAUUGUUUUCUCGCAACGACACGGGGAAUGAACAGACAAAUUAAACUGUUAGUAACAUAAAUGUCAAGUUCCUUCCCUUACAAACACACUCUUUUACGUGCAUUACAUUAUUCGGGGGAAUGAUAAGAGUCGAGGUAUUUAAUUUCUUGAUACACUCUCUCUCUCUCUGUUGUCAGUUAAGAACGUACACCAAGACAAUCUUAAGCUCUGUUUUUAUUUCAUUGAUGAAUUCAACAAAGUUUUUCAGGUCUAAAAAUAACAAACCGUCCCUUUUUCUCUAACUCUUCAGGGGGCCCACGUGCAAAUGUUACAAACUUUAUUAACGGGCCGGCCGAGUUAUCAAUAUCUUUCUACAUCCCGCCGAGUAACAAGAGGUUUAUGUAAGAUAUGCAUCCAUAACUUUCCUUUGUUAUUUCUAAAUUGACCUUUGUUGAAGUAUUAUUUACACUUCGUUGACUUAUAAAUGUUGCAUUAUUUGACUGUGGCAAAGAAAUUGUUUCGAAUAAAACCAAGUAAACUACACAUGGUGUGAGGGAAAAAAAAUGCAAAUCUUGAGGUUGCACAGCUCGUAGCUUCUUACUAACAGUUUUUCACCCCAGAACUUUUUGAAUCACCGAUCAGUUAAACACGGUCCUUUACAGAUCUUCACACCUAGCAAAAUAUUUCCUUUAACAACUUUUAGCCAGGUUUCCUUCAAGCGUUGAACGUAUACUUUCAAAAUACAAUGCGUCACUUUGUAAUUGUUUCCCCUCGAGAAAGGACAACGAAAACUCCUGUGUUGUCUUUUCUCACGACCCCAAGGUUAUCAAAGCUUGGAAAUAAAGUUUUUAGUACUAAGAAGAUUGAAAACACACGGAAUCCGCCUGUACAAACACUAGGGCUUGCGGCUGGCGCCUGCAUGUACCAUUUUGCAGGUUAUUCACGUUGUCAUAGCAACAACGACUUCCAAUACCUGCUCUAUUUUGGCUAAGGAAUGUGCUAGAGAUGUUCAUAUUCAACCUUGACCCCUUUGCUAAGGUUAGUCUCGCUUACGUAGAUGAGUAGUUAUUAGUAACAGUUAGAAGUGGCAAAAUUUUAGUCAGAGCGUAGACAGCGAAGUCUUUACUACACCAGCAAAGUGGAGCUUUUUACGGUAAAUUCAUGUGAUUGUUUUUUCGAUUUUUCUUUUAAAUUCGACUUCUCGCUUUAAAUUGUCUUAUUUUGUUUUUAUGCUCGACUGGGCUACUGUGUUCGUCUCAGUUGAUGUUUUUUUCCUAAAGAAAAAGUUUCUUUCCAAACUCUUUUCCCCUAAGUUAAAACAUGAAUAGCAAGCUACAAGGGGUACAAUAUUUUUCACUUUGUUCUUCAAGUUUGUACUGUAGUUUCCUUACUGACAAAGUAAUUCAAAUCUGUCAUUUCCUUUAUUAAUAAGUAAUUGAAAAUCACUAAAAUUUGUAACAUUGAAUCAGACCAUUGCACUUUCAGAAUUUGUAAAACUGCGAAAAUUCGAUUGAAGAACGCAAAAACAAUCGUUUUAGUUUACAGUAGACUUUUGAUUCAGUACCGUGGGAAAUAAAUUGUUUCUGACAUAAAAAUAUGUUUAUUCAGUCGGAUAAUCUGUUGACUUUUAAAAUGAACUUAAAAAUGUCACGUUUGUAGCGACACCAGAAGUUUCGGUUUGCUCUUGGCUUAAAUUACGUUUUCUUGUAAGCCUCACUUCAAUGAAGGACCUCCAGAAAUUUCUGUGUCGAACGUUAUCAAUGAAACUCGAGCAGACUUUUCGGUCGUCACAGGGCAAUGAUUGUGAACAAUAACUAGCGUUUUUCUCGCCAAUUCAGCUUAUAAAUAAAUUCUAUAGAAGUCUAAAUUUAGUUUGCAAGCUAGACCAAAAUAGUACACAUUGAAUUCGCCGUAGUAAACAGUUGUACAUUUGUCUGCCUCGCUCGUGAUGACGGCUUGCCUUUGACUGAGGAACAAGUUAGAGCAAUUUUCAAGGUGUUAACCCAGUGGAAUUGGUCGCGUUAAGGUAGAUGACCGUGACAUUGCUGAGUUGUAAACUGUAGCGAUCGCUCGAGCUAAAGAUUAACGAUCAUAUCUUUUUAUUGCAAAUUCAGUGUUGCGUUUGAAUCGAAUUAGGGUAGUUUCAGUUUGUUCUUGUUCUUAAAAACGUGUUAAGAAACGCAAUUCAUAGUCCCAACAGGUGUCAAAUUGUCUAAUUCGCUGUACUGGUCGUCGUCGAAUUUUGAGCAUCUAAUAUGGUUCAAACUGAGCGGGUCUUAUCCCGGAAGAGAAGCUCGAUGGAAAGUUACGGAGUAGGGUGGUAGUUCAAACUGCAUUAUGUAAUUCCUUGUUUUUGAAAGUUAAAGUUAUAUUAUAAAUCGCAAGUGAAAAAACUUUAUAACUUUGUUAGUAACCCUAACCGUCUAACUAACAUGGUCUAACAUGAACCGAAAGUAUUGAGUCUCCACUACUUCAAUCAUUGCAUAAUUAUAAUUUCUGUUAAUAAUUCGAUCAGUCCUUUAGUAUUUCCUGCCGUCUAUUGCACUGUUUGAGCUGUUUCAAUAGUAAUUUAGUGUUUGACCAUAUUUUCCUUUUAAUGUUCAGGUGCUGCUUACAGAACGCUUGCAAGCAACAUUCCUAUUUGCUUGAUCAUUGACCAGUCUACUUUGUUUUCCAGCCUUCUUCGACGGAGAUCAAGCCAACUCCGAUGCAACCAAUGGGGUCCAUUGCUCAACGAUCACCAAAAUGUGCCCGCUGUCGAAACCAUGGCGUCAUCUCGAUCCUCAAAGGACACAAGAGAUUCUGCAAAUGGCGAGAUUGUGCUUGCUCAGAUUGCAAUCUCAUCGCAGAGAGACAGAGAGUCAUGGCGGCGCAAGUCGCGUUACGAAGACAACAAGAGAGCGACGAGGUUAGUGGUCACUUGACAUACAAUGCGGUUCCUUACUGUUUUACCCCGAACGUGCACAAAACCUCAGGAUCUACUCCUACCUCGCCCACCUCACCUUAUGAACAAGGCCAACUGGUAAGAACAACAAGCACGUCUUCGCGCUCAAGUUCACCUAACGAGGACACACAAAUGGGAAAUGGUCUUGCGUCUCCGGCGAGCAGCGCAAAUGAAGGUAGGUUUCACCUCUCAGAUUUUAAACCUCUCAAUCUCUUUUACAAAAGUGGUGUUUUCGGUCGAAAUGGUUCUUCCGUAGCGGAAUUAUUAUUAUUUGUAUCUUAGGUAGAUUCUCAAGAAGAAGAGAUUUGUCAGUCUGAAAAGUUUCCGCGGAUCUUACAAUUCACAAUAAUAUAUUUUUGAUAAUUUAGUGAAGGGCUCAUCUAGUAACUGGCUAUAUAGUAUGGCAUUCAUAAAAACGUUACCAACUGAAAGUGUCGCGAAAAAGCGACCAAAGUUAUAACUUGAUUUCAUGUCUCAAACUUAGACUCCUAGAGAGGAAUGUUUUGACGGCUUGAAUCACCCAGAGCGUAUAAAAACUUAAUACCACCUCGGGCUGAAAAAAAAAAAACAUAGACAGUAUAAAUAAGGGCUUAAAAUUUAGUCUAGUUCACACUUAGAUUUUGCCUCUAGGGUUUUUCCAAUGCAAUUGCAACGCACUUAAAAAGCCCGACUUACUACCCUACACCUAAUUAACAAAAGACUUUGCUACCGCCGUGGUUGAACCGGGAACAAGGAAACAAGUACUGAACGAAGAACUGCUCCAAUUUAUUGACCUCAGCUAGGAAAGAAACAAAUUUUCUCCCCUGUUUUGCAGUCGAAACCGCAACUGAUUGAUCGGGGAAACUUUUUUUAUCAGUGUAUCAAAGUUAGAUACAUAAUCAGUUUAUUUAUAAUUGAAUAAUUAGGUUCAGCCGCUAAUGGCAUCUGAAAUUCUUAGAAACUUGUUUCAACAAGCUAACGGUUUAGCUUUUACAUCCACGAAGGAUCACCCACACAAUUCAAUGUCGAAUAUAAACCAUAAAUAUCAGCUUAGAAAAAAUGCCAGAAAUGGCUCCUGCGGUUUUAUGGUUCGCCUUUUCCGUGAUUCCCUCACCGGCGUAUAUGAUAGAUCCACCCUUUAGCGGUUGCAUGAUUUAUUACUUUGUAACCUUUUUUGGCAACUUAUUUAAAUCUUCAUUAAUCAUCGACCUCGAAACCAACGUAAUCAUGUUUAUUAAAUGUGAGACACAAUCAGCUACCGUAUUGGUGUAACAACUGAGAAAAAACAGGGGAGCUAAUAACAUAGAGCUAUCUUGCAUAACAAUAGGCUCCAAGCCUCAAAAUUUCACCCUAAAUUAAUUUUAUGGUAGAAAUCACGUGACAACUCUGACUAAACCAAUGGGCACCUCGAGCUGUGCAUGCGUGUAAAAGGUCUUCAUUCUCUCCGGUGUCGAAAAAAUGUACAACUGAUGUGUUUGGCUUGAGUGUCAAUAAACUCUUCCUUGUAGAUCCUUUUUCGCAUUGCAGAAGUCACCUUAAAAAAAUCGUGAAAAAAAUCAUUAUUUUUGAAUUCUAUUGUAGCUCAGUUCAAUUACGGUAUACAUUGCUGGCCAAUAUAAGUAUGUCGUUUCAGACCAUUUGUUUUCAAUGUCGAGCGUAAUCUCAAGAAUGCAUAUAAGUCAUAAUGAUUUUCUCAAAAUUUAACCUUAUGCCAUUUCUCAUGAACUGACUUGUUCUAAACAGUUUUCUUGUGUUUUAUGCGGGCUAUUUAACAAUUAUUCCUCCAGCCCCGAUGGGCUCUGAGUCAAUAGGCCGAAUGGGCUAUUGACUCAGCGGCCAUGAGGGCGAGAGGAAUAAUUGAUUUAGUAAAAUCCAACUAGUCCGUCAAAAAUAUCGAUACAAAACAGCUUUAGCUAGCAAAACGCGAUUCAGCCGCCAUUGUUUUGGUCUCCAAAGCCGGCGCUUUUCUCUACUAGUACGCUAUAACAAGCCUAGUAGUAGCUCAACCAAUCAGAACGCAGCAUUGAUAAUAGACUACUAGUUGGAGUUUACUUACUUCAUUACUGAUUGGUCCAUUUUAAAGGGGUUGUGAUACAGCCACGCGUCUUUCUCAGUUUUCGUCGUGCAACAUGAUAGAGUGGUUUUCGUUUGAGUGUCGUAAAACCAAAACCAAAGUAAUUAACUCUGGCCAAUCACAUAGGACACAGACAAUACAUUGAACCAAUCAAAACUCGACGUAAUUACAUGUGGCUGACGCAAAGCGCAGUCACAAUUGGCUUUGGUUUUACUUCUGAUUGGAUGAAAAGGUGGCGCGAAUCUUUUAAGCCAAUCGCAUCGUGUAGAAAGUGCAAAACCAAUUACUUUUCGACACUCAAAUGAAAACCGCUCUAAUGUACUUGUGAAUGGCAAAAAACUACAGCUUUGUGUCAAACAAAAAAGCAUUAUUUCAAACGUUUCAACAAAAAAAAAUGAACUUUUAAAACCUGUUAGGCUAACAAGUUUUCAAAACCACAAUUUCAGUUCCUUUCAAUCGUCUUCAAGUUUGUCCUACCUUCGUUCCCUGCUUUUGUAUUUGUUGUGUUGAUAAUCCUUGUUUCAAGUUUUGAGCAGUUAUUUUUAUAUUCACUCAGUUUGGUGACGGUUCCUACUGCUUUGAUUUUUUGAUAAUUUUUCCGACACAUCUCCUUAAAUGUUUGCCCUCAAUGUGGAUAACCAAAGUUUCCUUUAAUUGACAUAGUUUAUAAUCUAUUUAUAGGCACCAAUAACUGCAAAUGAUGAAGAUAAACAAUACAAAUCGAAAGAGAAAAAUAAAUGAUCAAAUCAUUUGCUCGACUUUUAUUUUUUGUUAGCGACAAUGAAAAGUCACCAUUCGACCAACUGAUCCCCUAAAACUCAGUAAGCAAACAAAUUAAGCGCAAAUAAUUCUAAAGCACGUGCUGCAAGCUGGUCAUUUUGUCAAUAAAAGACGUGUUUUGUUUUCCACUCACAUUUCAAGGGUUUGACGACAGAGGGAAAAGCGGCGACCCCGAACCAUAAUGCGAAUUAUGAUUUUUCAUUUUGAGCAGCUGCUCGAGGAAAGCAUUUGUAACCGCAACAUUAUUCAAGUUCCUCGCUUCACUUCUGAGUCAAACAAUUAUUUACAAUCGUAAGGAAAUAAUACUAUUACAUGCAGAUGUUGCAAGCAAGUUUUGAUGAACCAAUCAGAGGAACGAAAUUUCGAAAGCAUGGGGGUUGAAAUGAAUAUGGCUCCUGGUGCCAUACGAUUUGUCCUGCCGAGACAUUGUGUUAAGUGAAAUAUUCACCUCUACCGUCGGGCUGAUUGCCAGUUACCAUAUUAUCGCACCAGAAUUAAUCCUGGUUUCAGUUUUAUAAACACUCAGACAAAAGUGGCCUUGCAUCGCCGGAUAGCCUACGUGAGAGAGCCCGUGUAGCCAAUACAGGCGGAUUUUUCAGGGUGGAGUCACAGGGCUGGACGUUUCAAUUCGGUCAGUUUAACAAUGGUACUUGUUUUCAACUGCUUAUUUCUAAGUAGAUUCAAAAAUAUUCUUGUAAUACACCUGACAACAUUGAUCUCUCAUUCCGUGUUAUAUACAUAAACGCAAGUCAAAACAACCAACAAGAUGCUUACAAAGGAAAGAAGUUUAUAUUUUAGUAAUUACCAUAUAGAGACUUGCUUUUCUCGGGUAGAAAUUUCCAAACAAAGCGCGGCAUUUAAAUUGUGAAGUAUCUCUCUAAAAUAUUCUAGAGCCAAACAUCCUUUAUUUCAGAUAUCAGAUAGCUGAUAUUUCAGUAAGAGUUGAUAAUUUAAAUAGAAAAAGGCGAUAUUGUCACAUAACGGGCACCUUUUUAAAAGCGUAAUAUGCGACAUUGACGAGACGACAUACUCCAAUGACAAUUAUAAUUGUUUUCACGCUCCCGUAAAAUUUGAUUGACGCCAUGUACAAAACUGAAAAGAAUAAAAGAUUAAAAAGCUUUGUUAUAGCACUGAUUUCAAAGUCCGUGUAGAUAUUUUUACUAUUAGGGGUUGUGCGGUUGGGUGAUAGAGUGAAGACAACAACUUAUGCACUUGAAACACAGCUCAACACGAAAUUUAUGUUACGUGUAAGUUCAUAUGCUGAUGAUCAGCAUAUAAAAAUAUCUUUUACAUUGGGAUUUUGAAGCCAUACGCGCUUUCCAGAAUUAAUUUCACAAUUUCAAAAUGUCCUUCUUCUCGAACGAAGUCACCCAUUCCAGCUCCUUGGCUCACAGGUUUUCCAAUCUUUGAUCGAUGGUUUUCCACUACACAUAAUCUAGCUACGUCCAAAGAGUAACUCAGUUUUAUUGAUAUAUUUAACCUUUCGAAAUGCAAGACAAUAGAAAGUUAUUGAAUAGAAUAUAACAAUUCCUUGUCAAUCGCGAACUAGUUGCUAUGGUAUUUUUAAGGUUUUCGUGCGGAAAAUUCAUGGAACCCUAUAUAAUCAUGAUGUAUUUUCUUGCGUCGACCCGCGCAUAGAACUUUUAAUUAUACCUCGAAAAAUGUUUUGUAGAAAAUGAAACUUGUGUGAUCCAAAAGGCACAUCUUUCCAGCGGAGACCUCAUUUCAUUGACGAUAUCGGUAGCUAAUUACCUCAUUAGGUAGAUGAUCCUGGUGUUUGCAAAUUAAACUGAUUUGUAAUUGCUAUGGAAACUUUCAUUAAGUGCUAGGCAACAGAUUUAGCUAAAGACAGUGCGUGACUGUUAAGAAAGCUUGCAUCUCUUUUGAAGGAUACAAAAUAUGCAGUAGUUUUGCUGGUUUUGGAUCCUGGUCAUCGCAUCUUUUAAGCCGCGGAGGCCUGCACGUAUUUCGUCUCAGUCUCACUUGACUGUGCUAUAACUGAUUAACUUUUUAUCUUGCCAGUGUUUAGCUCGUUUAUUAAAUUAUUUACUAGUGUAUCUCCUUUAAUUUUCUGUGAUUUAGCCUAAAAUCUUGUACUACCGAUGAAAAUCUUCUUUAAAUAAGUCUUAAAAAUUAUCGUUGUUGUUUGAAAAACAAGAGAAAGUGCUUUCUUUCAAUUAUGUGGCAUUUCCCGUUCAAGGCAAUGCCAGCAGGGUCAUUUUUUUUUCUUUUUGCUUGAAAGGCGCACGUUCGGGAAGCAGCUCUAGCUCAAAGCGCUGUCUCCACUGGGGUCUACUCAGAGAUUAAUCAAAUUGUCGUUUUUUAAUUCUUUUUUUCUACACGCCCGAAUGUGUAAAAUUUUGCGCGAAUUUCGUCAUUACCUUCUUCCAGAAAAACCAGCUUUUUCUUAUGGGUGCUAUACCCUUUUUAUACCGGCUUGAGUUAAUGCCUUCACUAUUUGCCUCCUUUCUUAGUUGAUUUUAAAAAUUUUUUAAAAAUGGUUUGGUCAUUUUAAGAUGAAAAAGAGGUCAGUGAGGGGUUGAGGCUACAAAACGGAACAUCACAAACGAGAGUAACUUUCCUUAAUAUAAAAUAACCUAAGCCAGCUUAGGCUCAACCUUCCGUUUUCUCUACAAAGGCUUCAUCAAUUAAUAAACGUGUUCGUGCAUUUUAACUUCUCUGUUUUGCUUGACACCUUCAUUUGCAUAAAUUAAAACGCAUUUAUAAACGAGACAUCACAUCGGAUCAAGUAGGUCACGAACGCAAUUCUACUCGGCUGCUCUGUCUUCCUCAUCAAACUUGUUUCCUAUUUAACUACAAGGUAACACGCGUUCUUUCUUCUUACACGAAGCUACUUAGUUCUAUUUUGAUUUAAGCGUAGGUUAGUUUUAAGAACCAGUAAUUUCGUUUUCCUACAUAUGUUAUCUUUAGAGAGACUUUAAUUGCACGGCACAGAUCAAUUCGAAGAUGUGUAGAUUUGCAAACUGGCUCAACGGUGUGUUCGAUACUUAUCUACUCAACUACUCUAGAUCUAGUUGUUGAAAUUAACAAGGUGUGUUUGCUUGCCCAUACCUUAUCAGUCUCCCAAACUUGCUAGCAAGUUGAACAAAUAGACCUGCCAUUCUUAUCAAGGUGGCCACUUGUCUAGGACAACAAUAUUGAUGCAAACGCUCCUGUUUAAUUUUACAACAAAGACAUUUAGAGGGUGCGAUUUGUUUACUAUACUUAACACCUUGGGUCUGCUGUUUUGGAGGUAAAUAUUUUAAAAAUAUGUCAAUUCCAGUUUGUUGUAAUUUAGUAUAGCUGUUGGCUAAUUGUGGAUACUUCAAAUGAAGUUAAACUUUUCGAGCAUUUUUAAUAACUUGUACAAACAGUCUGAACACCGUUAUUUUCGUUUUCAGAAUUCGCCAUGGAUAACACAAGCGAGAGUAAUCCCUCUAGAUGGAAACGGGAACGAGAUGAAGAAGACGAGGAACGAGGUGGAAUGAGGAUGUCGCCAGCAGACACGAAACGACAAAGAACGGAUAAAAUUUCUCUGACUAACGGCGAGGGAAAAGUCAUGUCAACAUCAGAUCAUGGUCGUUACAUGAACAUUUUGACUCGGCUCUUUCCUGAGCAGAAAAGGAACGUUUUGGAGCUAAUUUUAAAGGGAUGCGGAGGUGAUGUGAUUCAGACUAUAGAGACAGUUCUUCCAAGCCACGAAGAAGCACUCGCUAGAGGACAACUACUGGCUGGU